CCCAAAGUGACAGUAAGAUAGGAACAACAUCUAUUUUCUUCGUCAUUGUUGUCCUGACAUCCAUGAAUCACCGCCAAGAUCCGGCCCAUAUAUCAACUACCACCUACUCACAUUAAUUUUAAGGUUCUAAACAAAACCCACCAUUUUUCUGUAGCAAAACCAGUCAAAACAAAAAACAUGGCAGAAGUCCAACUACCCACAUACGACAUCGUCAUCUUUGGAGCAUCAGGUUUCACAGGCAAAUACGUUGUCAGAGAAGCCCUUAAAUUUCUCAACACCCAAAAUUCCCCUCUCAAAACCCUAGCUUUAGCAGGCAGAAACCCAUCCAAAUUGACCCAAGCCCUCAAAUGGGCCAACCCAUCUUACCCAACCGAAAUCCCACUCAUCACUGCAGACACAUCUGACCCACUUUCCCUUUUCCGUAUGGCAUCUCAAGCUAAGCUUGUUCUGAACUGUGUGGGCCCAUUUCGUCUUUAUGGUGAACCUGUUGUUAAUGCUUGUGUUGAAGCAGGUUGUGAUUAUUUGGAUAUUUGUGGUGAACCGGAAUUUAUGGAAAGAAUGGAAGCUGGGUAUCAUGAGAAGAGUGUUGAGAAAGGGAGUUUGGUGGUUUCUGCUUGUGGGUUUGAUUCGGUUCCUGCUGAAUUUGGGUUUAUGUUUAAUUCUAGACAGUUUGUUUCCCCUGCUGUUCCGAAUCGGGUUGAGGCUUAUUUGAGUCUUGAAUCGGAUAAACGGAUUGUGGGCAACUUUGGGACGUUUGAGUCUGCGGUUUUGGGAGUGGCUAAUGCUGAUAAAUUGGCUGCCUUGAGACGGUCUAGACCCAAAAGAUCUCGACCUUUGAUACCUGGUCCUGGUCCUGUAAAAGGAUCCACUAUUGAAAACCAAAAAGAGCUCGGGCUUUGGGCGGUGAAACUACCAUCUGCAGAUGCUAUUGUGGUUAGGAGAACACUGGCAGCCCUUACUGAUAACCCUGCUGGUCUGCAGGGUGUCAAUGAGGAUCCUAAACAGGCAGAGAAACGAGCGGCUUUUUGGGCAACAAUUAAACCUGCUCAUUUUGGUGUUAAGAUUGCCACCAAGAAGCUUGUGGGUGUCCUUGGCUUCAUUCUGGUCGGAAUAUCAAUUGGGCUGCUGGGGAGCUUCUCAUUUGGGAGGUGGCUUCUGUUGAAAUUCCCUUCGGUUUUCAGUUUUGGGGGGUUUAGGAAGACGGGUCCAACUGAGGAGGAAGUGGCUAGUGCCACUUUCAAGAUGUGGUUUGUUGGCACUGGCUUUAGUGAUGCUAGUCUUGCUACUCGUGGAAAUGCGCCUGAUACAGAGAUCAUUACGAGAGUGAUGGGACCUGAGAUCGGGUAUUUGACUACUCCCAUCAUUUUGAUUCAGUGUGCUUUAGUUGUUUUGAAGCAUCGCCAAGAUCUUCCGAAAGGCGGCGUGUAUCCUCCUGGGAUCGUUUUUGGCCCAACUGAUCUUCAAGAACGACUUCAGGAGAACGGAAUUUCAUUUGAUUUGAUUUCAGAAAAAUGAUACUUUCACAGAAACGGUGGUCAUGUGGUCUAAGUGACAUAAACAUGGCAGCAUAAUGUUGAAGGCGGGUCGAUUUCCUGGACUGGUUCCUUGCUGCUUCCCCCCUUGUCCUUACAAUGUAACGCCGCCACGCAAGUUGUAUAUUAACAGCAGCCCAUGUUCUCCAAUUUGAUGAAUAGUACCUUGCCCUUCUCUUCAUCUUUUCAUUAACAAAGGUGUAACGAAAAUGAUUUGUGAUGUACCUUAAAUGGUUUGCAUCUAGUGCGAAUGCUUCUGUUGCCUUGGCACAAGUGAAUGUCGCUGUUGCAGCCGGAUAACGGUUUAUAAAUGGAACCCGAAGGCACCAUGAGAGAAGCUCAUCACCGAAAAAACUCCCUGGUUCCAGUGUGCUUGUUGCAACCAUGCCACAGCUUAGACAUUGGGUUCUCUUCACCCGCCCAUGAACUAUAAACACCAUUCUCUGUACAGGAUCUCCUUCUCUAAUAAUCUGUUCACCAUAAAGCAAAUGUUAGUUUUUUUGGUCCAAAUUUCAAUACACUUUCUAGUAUUACUGUUUUGUGUUA